AUGGGCUUUCCAGAGACUCGCGGGCGCGCCAAGACAUUGCUUAACCGCUACGUUUCCGGCGACUCCGGCCCUCCUCCUCCGGCAGUCCUUCUCGAUCGUUUGCUGGACUGCGCAGAGAGGUUUGGAUUUGAUUUUGAUUCUUGGGUUUUCAGUUACUUGUUGAAUAGCUAUGUUAGAGCGAACCGAAUAGGGGAUGCUGUUGAUUGCUUUAAUAGAAUGGUGGAGCUUGAGAUAUAUGCUGGUGCUGGUGUUGAAUAUAUGAACAUUGUGUUGACGGCAUUGGUUAGGAGGAAUAUGUUUGAGGAAGCACGAGACUUGUAUGGUAAAAUGGUUGAGAGAGGAGUUGGCGGUGAUUGCGCCACUCUAAAUGUCAUGAUGCGUGCUUGUUUGAAGGAGGGGAAGCCGGAGGAGUACUUUCGGAAGGCAAGGGGGAGAGGGAUAGCAGCUGAUGCCGCAUUGUAUGAUGUGGCCAUUGGGGCUGUUUGUAAGACUCCCGAAUCGAGUUUGGCUUUGGUGUUGUUGGCUGAAAUGAGAGAAAUGGGGUGGGUUCCUUCCGCGCGUACGUACACUAGUGUGAUUGGGGCGUGUGUGAAGCAGGGGAAUAUGGUGGAGGCGCUAAGGCUCAAGGAUGAAAUGGUGAGUUCUGGGGAAUCGAUUGAUUUGGUUGUUGCUACCAGCUUGAUGAAGGGUUAUUGUGCGCAAGGGAAGUUGGAUGCUGCUUUGGAUUUGUUCAACAUGAUCAUGCAGGAUGGACUUAUUCCUAACAGAAUCACUCAUGCAACUGUGAUAGGAUGCUGCUGUAAGAAUGGGAACAUGGAAAGGGCAUAUGAGCUUUACACCAAAAUGAAACGGAUGGGUAUUUUGCCUGAUGAGUUCAUUGUGAAUCAUUUGGUGCGUGGAUUUUUGAAAUUUUCCUACAACAACAUGAUACAUGGCUAUUGCACAAUAGGGGAUAUGGAUUGUGCAAAUAAUGAAUUUUUGGAGAUGACACAAAGGGGUUUGGAACCUACUGUUUUUACUUACUCUAUUUUGAUGAAUGGGUAUUUCAGGAACGGUAAUGCCGAACGUGCUUUUAAUGUCUUUGAUGAUAUGGUGGAUGCAAAGAAAAUCCCCACAGGCUACACAAUUAACAUUGUCAUUGAUGGCCUGGAGGGUGCCAUGAAUUCUGCACUGAAUGUUUAUAGAGAAAUGUGUGAAGGUGGAGUCACUCCAACUGUUAUCACUUACACCAGCCUUAUUAAUGGGUCAUGCAAAACUGCAAAAGCAAUAAGAUAG